UGACGCAAACUACCCGCGCCGCGAGGCUAGAGGAAUGAUGGCGGUGGCUCAAGCGAAGCUAGAGAAGGAGGGCGACGAUUGCUCUUUGCUUCCUUUAGUCCAUGAUAUUAUCAAAUGCAUGGACAAGGACAGCCAGGAUGUCCACCAAGAACUGGCAAAGCUGAAGACGAGGAUCCAGGAGGCUCGGGAGCAGAUCUCCAACAUGCCGGGGAUAGAGAGCAGUCCGCUGGAGCAGCAGCAGCAGCUCGCCACGCUGCGGGAGCAGGUCCACACCAAGAACCAGCUCCUGCAGAAAUACAAAAGUCUCUGCAUGUUUGACGUGCCAAAAGCAUCUUGAAACUGAAGGCUGGAUUAAUGCAACUGAAGGAGAAAGCAAACAGACAGUUGAUCUGGAAGGACAUUUAGUUUUUUUGCUCAUUUAUUGUGCUGAUUAAUGAGUAUGGGCUGGACGUUCAAACGCUCAAGGACUCGUUAAGCCUUCAAUGCAAUGUUUUUUUGUUUUUUUUUUAAAGCACAACAGCGUUAUAUUUCAAGGUUUGUUUUUAAGGGUUUUGGGAAUAUUCACUUGGUUUUGUAGUAUUUAUACAAAUUAAAAAGCAGUCUUUCAGUUUG